UAGCUGCCGGCUCGUCGCAAGGCAGCGAGGAGGCGUCUCUUCUUCCGGUCCCCCGUAGGGGGAAUUUUUUUUUAUAUAUAAAAAAAACAACCCUAAUCAUUCCCUAUCUCCGCUCUCCAAUUGAUCGAAUUCGGGAGCACGAUGCACGCCAAAUCGAAGAUUUCGGAGAUGCUCCCCAGGGGCUUCAAGGCGGGGAAGUGCAAGACGUCGCUGAAGCUCGCGGUGGCUCGAAUAAAGCUUUUGAAAAACAGGAGAGAGGUUUUGUUGAAGCAGAUGAGGCGGGAUUUGGCCCAGCUUCUGGAGUCCGGCCAGGAACAGACCGCUCGGAUCCGGGUUGAACAUGUGAUAAGGGAAGAGAAGACAAUGUCGGCAUAUGAUCUCAUUGAGAUAUACUGUGAACUUAUUUUGGCACGCUUGCCAAUAAUUGAGUCACAAAAGAGAUGCCCCAUUGAUCUUAAAGAGGCUAUAGCUAGCAUUGUUUUUGCAUCUCCGAGAUGUGCAGAUAUACCAGAACUUAUGGAAAUUCGCAAGCAUUUUUUAGCAAAAUAUGGGAAAGAGUUCAUUACUGCAGCUCUUGAAGUUCAACCCGAAUGCGGUGUUAGCCGUAUGGUGGUGGAGAAAUUGUCAGCGAGGGCACCUGAUGUUGAGACAAAAAUCAAAACCUUGACUGCAAUUGCCCAAGAACAUAACUGCAAAUGGGAUCCAAAAGCAUUUCAGGAGCAGAUUCAGAAGACUAAUGAUGAUCUGCUGAAUGGCCCUGCUACUUUCAACAACAAGAUGACAAUGGAAUUCUCUAGUGUCAAUCCAGCCCCAAUGAAUGAAUCAAUUAGGAAAAGGUUUGAGAAUGUUGUGACCAGCAAACCGAACAAUUUUGAUACAUUGCCUCAUGAAAACACCAACACUCCUAUCACUUCGGUACCUGUUACUUCUUACUCUAGUCCAAAAAGUUCAGAAAAUAGAUCUGGAGAGAAAGAAUUCAAAUUUUCAUAUUCUACAGAAGAUGGUGCUUUAAAUCAGUCAAAUUGGAAUAUGGAAUUUAAGGAUGCAACUUCUGCCGCUCAGGCAGCUGCAGAAUCUGCAGAAAUGGCUUGCAUGGCUGCUAGAGCUGCUGCUGAACUUGCAAACUGCAGCAAUGUUUCUAGACAAAGUUCUUCUGGGUCACAGGAAUCGACUGUGCAUGUGCCUGGCACAUUAGAAGGCUCGAGGCUGGAUGGUGAGAACCCUGUCGGGGAGCCGGUAACAAUGGAGGAGAAUGAAAGGAAAAGCUUCCAAGGAAUGAAACCAGAGAUGCAUAGACCACAAGUGGUACAAACUAGCACUAUGAGAGAUGCAGGCUACGUUUAUGAUGGCCAUGAAACUGUUGGCAAUAUAUCAUUGAGUAGAUCUCUGUCUCAUUCAAGCACCUCAUCAAUCAAUGAUGAUGUUUCAGAGGUCGAUCUUCAAAAAGUUGAUAUGGGAUCAUACAGUUAUAGUCAAAAAAUGUUCUUGGAGGCAGACUAUGCAGUUCAGCAUCAGAAGAAUGAGAAAGUUGAGCAUGCUGAUGUUGGUUCAGGGAAUGUAAAAGAAAGCAAAUCAACCUCUUUCCACCGUACUAAUGCAUUGGAUGGUGAUACCAUUUGGGAUAAUCCUGAGAAUACUACAAUUGGUGAGUCUAAUGCUGCACUCUUUGAUGACUAUGGUUCUGAUCCUGAUUAUCAUUCAGUACUAGGGAGGUACAGCAGAGGAAACUUGUUGGAUUCGCGUAUGCCGCAACAGUCUACGGAACCUUGGAGUCCUGAGCAGCAAAAAAGUGAAUCCCUGGUUACCAGUGCCAGAUCACCUUUUAUGACGGAACCCCAUCCCACAGAGUAUUCAGAAACUAAAGGUACCCUUCCAUCACAGCCCACUGAUAAUAUGCCUCCAGCUUAUGACUCGGAUGGCCUCAGCUCUGAGGAUGAUGAUGAGAUAGACCAGUCCACAUGUACAGAAGUUAUGAAACCUAGCAAUUUGCUUCAUUUCCAGAGAGGCUCCACAAAAGGCGUACCAUCAGCAGGAUCUAAUCACGAAAAAACUUACUUUAGUGGGACGAAAGAUGUUGAAAGAGCUAAAAUAAAUUCUCUCUCAUCGUUCCCUGAUUUUAAUGAGAAAAACCAUGAAGAAGAACCAAGUUCUUCUAAUAAAUACUGGAAAAGUUCUGGUUUGAGUGAGCGCAGAAACCAGCCAUCUCCAAUAUAUGAGAGGAACCUCGAUUCACCAAGAGAUUCAUCGGUGGAUGAGGGGGAAACUAAGGACAGGUUUGAAAUGGCAUCAUCACCUGGUAUUAAAGAUUUUGAACUUUCAGAUGAGAGCCAUAAAAGUGGGCAAGGCCUGACCUGGGGAGGAUUAACUGGUGGAUUUAAAAACAGAGGUUAUCGUCGUCCACCUUAUGUAAGGAGCCCCUUGGUUGAUGCUUCACUCCCAUCAAAGCAAGCCUCAGACGAUGCUCCUUCUGCCAUUGAGAAGCCUGUUGUUUCCAAUGUGGAUGAUUCAUCCGCAAGCACUGAGGUCCCCGUUCAGAGACGAUACAGGAAAGGUUACAAAGAGUCAAGCUUAAGAUCUCCAAUGGCAGAUUUCAAUCCAGAUAGUAAUGAACAGGAACAUCAUACUGUCGGAAAUAGACAUCGCAGUGAUAAUUCUUCCACUCCACCAGAACAAGGCCCAGAUGUUUCACCCAUUACUGAGAAAUCAACUGUUUCCCACCCAAGCAAGUUUUUGCGAACUUCUAAAGUUCCCAAGCAGGAGAUGUAUGGCAAGAAUGCGCCCAUGAGGACAUAUACUGAAUCAAGCUCAAGUGUGUCAAUGAGCUACUUGGAGAAUAAUGAGGAAGAAGAUUUAGAGUCACAACAUUCUGUUGGAAGGAGAGGCAAUGCAGACGCAAAGCCUCCUCGCCAGACAAUAUACAUACCAUCAGAGGGUCAAAGAGGUAAUCUUACUAGAAGUAUUGAUCGACCUGAAAUGACAACCAUCUUUAAUAUGGAAAAUAAGGCCUCUCAAUCAAGUUUUUAUGCAGCUGAAUCUUUUUCCAACUCAAGAAUCCAUGCGGGAAACUUAGUUGGAAAAGAGAGUUCCAAGUCUGUGCAACCAAAUUCAUCAGCUCAACAAUCUUCAGUGACACCUUUAAGGACUGAAUCUUCAACAUUCGAUGGAAGUUCAGAGACUCCGCAUGCUGACUCUGUGCAACCUCUAAUUCCAGAAAAUGAUGCAAACUUGAAGUUACCAAGUUCGAGCAGGGAAAAAACAUCACACGGAAGUUCACAAAAAAAGGCUUCUCAUGUACACCCAAAACUUCCCGACUAUGAUUCCUUGAUAGCUCAUUUUCAGUCACUUAGAUCCAAUCGAGCCUAGCUGCAGGUAUUACAUUUUUUUUCCUUUUUAUUGCACAUAUAUGGGGCUUGUGGCAAUAAGUAGGCGAUCCAUCUUUGAAUUUUAAAUUUCAUGGUUAUAUGUUUAAUAAGUCUAGCAAACAUGCAUUCAUACAAUUUUUCAGGAGUCAUUUGUUAUCAGCUCUUGUGAUUUUAGCAAUACAGAAAUAUUAUACAAUAGAUGAAUUUAGCUUCUAAAGUUU